CUGUCAUAACUCACUAUGGCUUCACAUCUAGUAUAGAACAUCUCCACACUGCAGAAACCUCAAUGGCUUCUUCAUAUCUAAAUAUCCAUCAUUUUACAAUCCCCAAAAUACCCUCUGUCACUACCACCCUCUCCUCUGUUCAUUUUCUUGAUUUAUGUGGGUCCACUAAAUUGAGCUCAAGAACAUUUGCCAAGUUUGAUAAAUUUCAAGGUGAAGCUCCAUUAGAUAAUCUUGAGGAAAAUUCAGGGUCUGCUUUGGAUUCUGUGCAACAAACAGUUCAAGAAGUUGAUGAUGAAGAAGAAGAUGACAGUUGCUUGCCAUCAGAUUUAGAAGGUGCUGUUCGCCAGUCAAGUGAAGCAGCUGCAAGUUUCGUGUCGGCUGGAGGAAUGAGAGCUACUGUUGAGCUCUUAAUACCCCAGCUGCAGUUUCUUGAUGAUGAAGGUGCUCAGGCUGAACUCUGGCAAUUGUCGAGGAUCUUUGUGGACACCCUUAUGAAGGAAACAGGAAGUCAGAAUGUGAAAGCUAUAUUUCCAGAUGCGGGUGCUGCAGCUCUGCUGAAAUAUCAAUGGAAAGAUGCUGCUUUCAAAUUUGCCAGCUUAAGUGAUCGGAAACCUGUGGAGACUGAAGAUGAAAUUAUUGUUAUGCUUGUUCCUGACUAUCAGAUGUUGGAAUAUGUACAAAAAAUUGCUUAUGAUCUCUCAGAUGAUUCGCCGAGGCCUCUCAUCAUGUGGAAUCCACGUCUAGUUAGUGAAGAAGUUGGAAUCGGAGUCAAUGCUAGAAACAUAAAGCGAUACUUUCUAAGCUCUUUUACGACAGUUUACUCGAUGAGACCACUGGCAUCUGGUGCAGUCUUCAGAUGCUUCCCUGGAUCCUGGAAGGUGUUUUAUGAUGACAAGGAUCGUUUUGGUCGUUACUUGCUAGCAAAAGAGCUUGAAAGCCGUCCUAACUCAGAGGACUUGGAGAUAAUAUUUGGAGAUGUGGACGAGAAGACAGAGGAGGGGCCUUCACUGAUGAGUCAAGCAGCAAAUGUUUUCUCAUCUAUGAAUAGGUUCAUGAGAUUUAUUUCCAAGUAGAAGUUAUUCAUGUUUGUUCAAAUUUAUCUGGGCUGAGGUUUUUAGCAAGUGUCGUUAACUGGUAUCAUCUCCGCUUAAGAUAAUGUAAUAUCUUGUUAAAAGAGCUUAAACAUACAUGUAUAGUGCACAGUGAGUGUCAUCCCAAAAUACAGAAGAUUUAUUUUGAAUAUAAACAUCAAACAAUUCCAGUAAUA